UUUUAACUUUUCCCAAGUGGACUUGUUUACACUGAUCUGAUCUCUUGCAACCUUGUCUUCCUCCUCAACGGUUGUGUCGGCGAUCUUCGUUUCCUUUUCACUCAUUCCCCGUCGAAGCGUCGCGGCGUUCUUCCUCAAACGUUUAGCCGUGUUAUUCUUGCUCUGUUGCUCGUUCUACGUGAUUCCUCCACUCUGCUAAUGGAUCAGGAGGAAAAAAGUGUUGAAGGGGAAGAUCAUCUUGAAAGGCUGGCAGCCAUGGCUUUAAAGAACAAAAGCCAUUACCAAGAGAAUUAUCAAGGAACCCAAAAUUGGGCGAACCUUCCUGAAGAUAUUCUUGGGAAGAUUAUGAGGACAUUGAAAUUUUCAGAAAGACUUUGUAUGACUGCAACCUGCAAGGGCUGGAGAAUUCCCGUUUAUGGGGUUAAUAAUCCCCUCCAUCUAGAUGGACUACCGUGGUUAUUUAUGCAUCCACAUUUCGUUGAAAGUGACAAACUAAAUCAGUUCAAACUUUAUGAACCAGGUAAUCCAAAGCCCUACUUCAUUGGGAAGGAUAUUAUCAACAAGGGAGGAAAUAAAUUGCUUGGUGCACGUGUAUUUUCUUCAAAAUUUGGUUGGGUUGUUUUCCGGAAGUGUUUAAUGACCUCUGCAACUUGGUCAUUCUUUCUAUACAGUCCUUUUGCAGAAAAUAUCAUUCAGCUGCCUGAUUUGGUUGAGAGUAGUAUGGGUUAUGCAUUGUUCACUUUUUCCAACAUUCCAAGCGCUCACGAUUGCAUUUUCUUCCUGCUACAUCAAAGAUCUGUGAAAGAAGCUCACCUCUACACCUACCGCAAUGGUGAAAGGGAAUGGAAAAGCUGCGACUGUGAUAUAUCUUUAUUUGGUUGCACUCAUCGUCAUGGGGUACUUAAGAAUAUUAAAACUUCUAAGAAUAUUGUCUACCUGGAUGGAACUCUGUAUUGUAUGUUCAGCUGCGGGGACAACCAUACAUUGGCAACCUUGAAUGUUAGUGAACAAAAAUGGAGUUUGAAGACAAGUUCUGUUAUAUCAGCAGAUGGUACUGGUGCUCGUCUCAUGCUUCUUGAAUCGGAGAAAGGGCUAUUCGUAUUAUAUAAAACUUUUCUUAAUGAGUCGAAGUGUCAUAUAUUCAAGUAUGAUUGCUCUGAGUUGAUUACAAUAAGAAGCCUAGAAGAUCAUAUAUUCUUUGUUGACGGGCAUUCUGCAUUUUCAAUUGAAGCACUAGGAGAAGUAAAAAGAGAAUUUUGCAACAGGAUAUACUACAAGUUUAACAAUGAUAAAUCUCCGUUGAGUUAUUUUUCAAUCAAGGAUGAUCAGGUACAUCAAGAUUCUAUUAUUUAUGUAUCGAAUUCUCCCCUGGGUGCACGAUGGGAUAAUUAUAUUCACUUCUUAGAUGUUUCCAGGUUAGCAAAAUAAGAAAUUUGGUUGCUUUAUGUACUUGUUUCAGAAUGCAGAAUUUGAAGACAAAUUUUAACAUUUUCGGUAUUUUUUUUCCCUUUUAUGCAAAUGAAUUUGUCAUUCCAUU